AUGUCUCACGAACAGAGCGAUGGUCCAUCUGAUGUCGACCGUGAACGGAAGUGGGAGUAUCUCGAUCAUCCUGCCGAUGUUAUAAUCCACGCUUGGGGUAGGGACUACAAGGAGGCUCUCGAAAACAGCGGGGAGGCUCUUACCGGGUAUAUGACGGAGAUAACGCAAGUGCGUCCUGUUUUGAAAGAGCCAUUCACCGUACGAUUGGAGUCCUAUGAGGAGGCCAACACCCACAACUUGACGUAA